UGUGUGUGUGUGUGUGUGUGCCGGGGGCGGGGUUCACAUUUAGGGUUCGUGUGACCCCUCCCCGUUCCUGCCUCACCAUCCUGCUUCGGACUCUUUUUCCUGCAAGCGGAGGCGCUAUCCGGCAGGCCGCCCCCGCGCCGGUCUGCUCUGCUCGGCUUGGUUCCAGCGGGCUGGCUUGCUAGCGCCUUCGGUGCUGACGUCAGCGCAUCCCAGGCCGUAUCCCGGGAGACCCUGUUGCAUGGUGAUGGGUUGCCACGGAGAUAUACACCUUUUCUCUGGGCCAGGGCCGCAGCUGCGCUGAGCGUCGCCCUGCAUGGAUGGCAGCGGCUGGGGGGAGCGAGGGAAGGGAGGGAGAGCGAACCAGGAAACACCCGGCAGGUUCUCCUUCCCACAGGCCUGGCCAGAGGCUAUCGGCGCCAAUCUGGAGGCCCUGUCAGCCAGGUAUUGAAGGAGAGGGUCGGACUGAUGGGCCUGAGGCCUCUUGUGCCAGGUGGAACCAACCAUGAUGGAGAAGAAUUAGGUGAAUGUUGGAGACACAGUCGCGAUGCUGCCCAAGUCCCGGAGAGCCCUAACCAUCCAGGAGAUAGCUGCGCUGGCCAGAUCGUCCCUGCACGGUAUUUCCCAGGUGGUGAAGGACCACGUGACCAAGCCCACAGCCAUGGCCCAGGGCCGCGUGGCUCACCUCAUCGAAUGGAAGGGCUGGAGCAAGCCCAGUGACUCACCUGCAGCUCUGGAAUCAGCUUUUUCCUCCUAUUCAGACCUCAGCGAGGGUGAACAAGAGGCUCGCUUUGCAGCAGGAGUGGCCGAGCAGUUUGCUAUUGCAGAAGCUAAGCUCCGAGCAUGGUCUUCCGUGGAUGGCGAUGACUCCACUGAUGACUCCUAUGACGAGGACUUCACUGGGGGAACUGACACAGACAUUGCUGGGUCUCUGGGGCCCCACCUCCAGGACCUCUUCACAGGUCGUCGGUUCUCCCGGCCCGUGCGCCAGGGCUCUGUGGAGCCUGAGAGCGACUGUUCCCAGACCGUGUCCCCAGAUACCCUGUGCUCUAGUCUGUGCAGCCUGGAGGAUGGCUUGCUGGGCUCCCCAGCCAGGAUGACCUCUCAAAUGUUGGGUGAAGAGCUGCUCCUUGCCAGACUUCCCCCCAGCCGGGAAAGUGCCUUCCGCAGCCUGGGCCCUUUGGAGGCCCAGGACUCACUUUACAGUUCACCGCUCACGGAAUCCUGCCUUUCCCCUACCGACGAGGAGGAGCCUGAUUCGUGCAAGGACUGCCAGCUGCUCUGCCCGCUGCCUGGCGGCAGCUGGGAAAGACAGCAGCAAGUCUCUGAUGUGGCCUCUUCUGGGGUCGUAUCCUUAGAUGAGGAUGAGGUGGAGCCCGAGGACCAGUGAUCCAGACAUGCCCAGUGGUGGCAUGUUUCCCCUGGCUGCUGCCCGGGGCAGAGCCUCUGCGGCCAAAGUGUGGGCUCUGGAGCUCCGAGGGCUUCUGGGAGCGCUCACUUCUCCAUUGUGUGUUUUGCAUGAAAGUGUUUGGAGAGGAGGCAGAGGCCAGGCUAGGGGCGCAUGUACUGCUUCCACUCUUGGGGGUUUGCCGGGGCUUGCCCGGGACCCCUGGGGCAUGGCUACAGCUGUGGCAGACAGUGACGUUCAUGUUUCUUGAAUCCAAAAUGCCACAUUUCCUCCUGGGAUGUGAACCUGCGCUGGGAGGGUGGGAAUGGAGGAAGCCUGGCCAUCUCCUCCACCCUUCCUCGUGUCCCUUCUCCUCCGCUUCUCUCUUCACCCAAGUCCACGUGCAGUGCUUGACUGAACCGCCUCCCCCUGUGGGGCUGGCUCAUGGCCUCCUAGAGUCUACGGAUUGAGCCGUCCCCCAAGGGUCCCCUUACCCACCUGGGCCCCGCUGUGCUUCACCUUGCCAUUGUCUCUAAACCUUUUUUUUCUUAAAGACA